AUGAACGCCAAGAGUCUCUGCAAAUUUACCAUCGCCACUCUCAUGACAUCGUGUGCCUCUGCUCAUUGCGUCAUCGUCGACACGAUCGGCUCUGCAAGCAAAGCCCACGGCUACGGGAUGGGCGCAAACCUCAAUGCCCGCAGAGACGGGAGCGGCACGGCGUUCCAGAAAGACACCACAGUCUUUGCACAAUUCAGCACUGCUGCAGCCAAGGGCUGCGGCAAAACACACAUGCAAGCCGACCGAAGGGUUUGCGGUGCCCCGGGAUACGACCCAGUGCUGGCCGAUCUCAACAACGACAUCCCCUCGAGCACUGAGAGAAUGGUCAGCCAGGGAGCGGUCCCGGCAGCGUACCCUGGCACUCUUAUGAAUAUCACAUUUCAUCAAGUUAAUCAAGAUGGCGCCGGGCCAUUUAGAUGUAUCAUUGAUGAAGCUGCGACGGGUCUAAAGUGGAACAAUCUCAUCAUCACGACGCAGGUCCCCGGUAAUAGGGGACUGAACAAUGCUGCAAUGGUGAGGAAUCUAAUGACUAUAGAGCUACCAGAGCGGUUGGAUUGUCGAGGAACAUUUGGAGCUGCGAAGAGCGUCGAGGGGAAAUAG